UAAAAUAAAUCGUUUGAUAUUAAUUUACAUCGCAACAUGAAAUACACAUUUUAUUUGUUGUUUUUGUGUGAUUCGAUGUACCGUUUUUCUAUGUGGGCGGUUGUUGUUUUUCUACCGGGGGCUGUCGUUCCGUGCGGGGAAUGAGAAGAGUAUCCUACCGAUGCGGACUUUGGGGGAGAAGUAUCGUUAACGGAACGGUACCGGGUGGCAAUGGCGGCCAGUCUGCCGGAGAGAGAGAGAGAGAGCGAUGAUGGAGACUUCUGCCGGAGAGCAGCUGAUCGGUUCUAGAUGCUCUACGAACCUGAGUGGUGCCGUGGCCUUGUGCCUCGCAGUUAGACAAUGAACCGAUUCCCCCGAUCUGCCAGAUGACCGCGACCGCUCUCUCUGACACUACCAGACCGCUGCAGUCGACUGGGCCGCUGACCGUGUUGCCUGACUGGACCGCUGACCGUGUUGCCUGACCGGGGUUGUGUUGGGGUGAUGGAGUACCAUAGUAGUGGUAGCCUGCCCCUGCUGGGCCGACCCAGGUACUGUCCUGGGGCCAGCUCCAACGGAGGUUACCUCUGUGAGACAGGACACUGCUGUGGGGAGACAGGCUGCUGCACCUAUUACUAUGAACUCUGGUGGUUCUGGCUGCUGUGGACCAUUCUGAUCCUGUUCAGUUGUUGCUGUGCUUACCGACACCGCCGGGCUAAACUCAGAGUCCAACAGCAGCAGAGACAGAGAGAGAUCAACCUACUGGCCUACCAUGGAGCUACAUCCUACCCCUCCUCCAUGUUAGACCUCAGUUUCCUGGCGUCUCUGAAGCUACCGUCCUAUGAAGAGGUAGCAGCUCAGCCCUCCACUCCCCCACCUCCCUACAGCACUGUGUUCGCUGCCCAGGGGGGCGCCGCUCGCUACCCCCCAGCCACCCCACCAUCCCCCGGGAUCACACCCCCACCCCGGCACCAGCGCCAGCGCUGCACCCUCCUCUUUCAGCUCUGACAACAGCUCCAGCUGUUCCUGUGACUCUUGCUGUCCGUCAUCUCCCUGUAGCACCUACGAGACCGACACAAGCCGUGCUUCCACGCCCACAGCACUGUCCCAAUACGCUGCAGAGAACACUGCUGCUGUUGUCUUGGAGACAGUUGCCACGGUAACAUCCUCGGAGAUGAUUGUCUCUGUAUCUUCAGAGACAGAUGUGGAUGUUGCCGGUGGCAACAGGAUGGGUGUUGUUGCUGAUGCGUUUACUGUUGUUAUAACCUCAGAGGCCGACACCAACUUAAGCGAACAAUCUACAGAACCUGCACAGGUGCACUACUUUCCUGGUGCUACCAUGGAAACUGGUACUAUGGAGACAGAUGUUUAUAAUGUAGCUCGUCUCUCUUCUCGUACCUCACCCACGUCUACAGAACACCCUCUAGUUGGGACUGCUUGUCCUUUAACCAAUCCAGGCCACGACAGACCAUCCUGUCCCCACAGUCCCUCCCCCACACCCAUCUCUGCUGUCCCCUCCCCUACCACACCCACCUCUGCUGUCCCCUCCCCUACCACACCCACCUCUGCUGUCCCCUCCCCUACCACACCCACCUCUGCUGUCCCCUCCCCUACCACACCCACCUCUGCUGUCCCCUCCCCUACCACACCCA